AUGACGAACGAGGCAAAAAUAUUUCAUGAUGAAUACUUCGUGGAUCGCGUAGCAUGGAUUCGUCAUAAAGCUGUUGGAAAAGCUAGGGAAAAGGAAGCUGAUGCAGCUGAUCGGCAAGAGGAAAGUUUAAACGUAAAGUUGGUCUUCCUGGACAAUGUUUUGGAAGAAACCGAACAACAUGGUGCUGAUCGACCCUUACUAGAAGAAAAUGAAGCUGAAAGAGCACAUACGUUUCGUACAAUGAUUGAAAAGAUUCCUGCAGAUUUUGGAGUUGAAGAAGAUUCUUUAAUCGCCAUCACUGGAGAACAUAUACGACAGCACAUAAAGAUGCAAUAUCUCUUACGGUAG